AUGCGGCCUCCCAGGCCCCGCCGCUCCCGGGCCCCGCGCCUUCCGGUUCCCGCGGAAGCGGCGAUGGCGGCCGCGCGGCUGGUGCUGGGGGCGGCUCUGGGGUUCUGCGCCUCGGCAGGGAAGAUGAAGAUUGUGGAGGAGCCGAACACGUUCGGGCUGAACAACCCGUUCUUGCCUCAGACCAACAGGCUGCAGCCGAAGGUGUCACCGUCUGCCGUGUCAGGCCCUGCACAUCUAUUUAGGCUUGCUGGCAAGUGUUUCAGUUUUGUGGAAUCCACGUACAAAUAUGAGUUUUGUCCUUUCCAUAAUGUCACUCAGCAUGAGCAGACUUUUCGAUGGAAUGCCUACAGUGGGAUUUUAGGAAUCUGGCAUGAAUGGGAAAUUGACAACAACACUUUUGUUGGAAUGUGGAUGAGGGAAGGAGACUCGUGUGAAACUAAAAGCAGACAGACAAAGGUUCGUCUUGUUUGUGGAAAAAGCAACAAAUUGGCUUAUGUGUCUGAGCCAACUACUUGUGUUUACUCUCUGACAUUUGAGACUCCUCUUGUGUGUCAUCCCCACGCUCUUCUAGUUUAUCCGACUCUGACUGAAGCACUGCAAAGGAAGUGGGAUGAAGCAGAGCAGCUUCUGUAUGAUGAACUAGUAACAGACCAGGGAUACAAGAAAAUCUUGAGAGAGAUUUUUGAGGAAGCAGGGCUUCUAAAAGCAACAGAAGAAAUGGAAGUUGAGAAGCAGAACCAGAAAAUAGGUCUGGAAUUUGAAACAGUGGAGAAGUGCAGUAAGGAAUACAAGCAACUUUCUAAAGAAGUAAAAAAACUUAAAGAUUUAUUAAGUCAGCACGGUAUUGCAUACCAAGGAAAUUCUGCUGAAAAUACUAGUGUUGAACAUGUAAGUCACAAAUUGGCAACUGCAGUGACAAGUGUUCUUAAUGAGUCAAAGGAUGAUGAGCACCUGCAUGGUGAUACGGGAGUUUGGAAUGACACUGUAUGAAGAAACUUGGGAGGUAAACAGCGAGUUCAUACAGAACGUCCAGCAAGUUGAACAUGUAUCGUGGCACUAAGAUAAGUUACAUUCUGCAAGUAUUCUUGACUUUCUGAAUUUCUACCCUAAAGCAAAGGGAACAUAAUGGAGCAAGGGCUCACCAUUACUGGGGACAGUUGGAUUGUUUCUGAGAACAUUUGUAAUAAAAAGGCCUGGUAUUGGA